AAAUUUAUAGUAGAUGCAUAUAUGGUCUGCGAAAGCCAGAUUGUAGAGGGCACAAGUGUUUAGGCAUCUGUGAUUGCAGCGGGCGAGAAGGGCGAGACAAGAUGACGGAGGCAGCGAUUCGAGGGAAAGCGGGGAUGAAGAGCGUGAGGGAAAUGCCGGUAUUGCAGGAUGGGCCGCCACCAGGUGGCUUCCCUCCCGUGCGCUACACCCGCCGUAUUCCUAGCAAGGGUCCCGGCGCUGUCGCCGUCUUCCUCGCUUCCUUUGGUAUCAUCUCUUACGGCAUGUAUCAGGUCGGUCAGGGCAACCGCUAUAGAAGUCAACUUAAGCGGGAAAAGUUUGCUGCUCGUUCAGCAAUUGUUCCUCUCCUUCAAGCAGAAGAAGAUGAAAGAUUUGUCAAAGCUUGGAAAGCUUAUUUGGAUGAAGAAGCAGAAAUAAUGAAAAAUGUCCCAGGUUGGGAAGUAGGCAAAAAUGUUUAUAAUUCGGGAAAGUGGAUGCCUCCUGCAACAGGCGAGCUUCGUCCUGAAGUGUGGUAGUCCAUGUUUGGCCUAUAUGGUAUUUCAGUUACAGAAUAAAAUUCUUAUCUGGUUGGCUACCAGCUUCCUGAACAUAAAUUUGAGGAAGAGCUAUGAAUUUCCUAUCUUCUCAGGUUACUGUAUUUUUGAAAUUAAUUUCUUAUGAAGUAGUUGUGCUUUAUUGUAAAGAUAACUCUCGUGUUAAACAUUUAUCUGCACUUAUGCUAAACAUGGUGACAUACUUUGAAGGAAUAGGAUUUUUUUGCUUACAAAA